CGGAGAUGCUGCUCUACCGCUGAGUUCUUCCAGCAGAUUGUGUGUUGGGAACUAAAAUGGAUCAUUUCUAAUUGGAACUGAACAAUUCAGAAAAGAACCUCUGGCAAAUGUGAAAGAAUUAGAUCUGGAAAAGAACAUGGCACAGACUUUCAUCUGCAAAGUGGUAAUCACGGUCUGGAUUUGCCUCCACUGUCUAACGUUUGUCACUGCCCAAAAUAACAUCAACUGGGAAGUUCAGAGAUAUGAUGGGUGGUACAACAAUCUCGCCUAUCAUAAAAGAGGCUCAGCUGGUUCCCCUUUCAUGCGCCUAAUGCCAGCCAGGUAUGCUGAUGGUGUUUAUCAGGCUUUGGAAGAGCCUGAUGUCCCAAAUGCGCGCACCAUCAGUAAUAUUAUAGCCAACGGAUCAUCGGGAUUUCCGUCUAUUAAAAAUAACACCGUGCUGAGCAUUCUCUUUGGAUAUCAUCUGUUGAGUGAGAUUUUGGAUACAAGGCACCCAGCGUGUCCCCCUGAAUUCUUCGAUGUCCCAGUCCCACCUGGCGAUUCCGUCUUUGACCCCAAUGGAACGAAGAGUGCGAGGUUACUCUUUCAGCGAAAGGGAUGGGACAAGAGUUCGGGACACAGCCCCAGCAAUCCAAGGAUACAGAUCAAUGAAGCGACUGCCUGGAUCGAUGGGAGCUCCAUCUAUGGAUCAUAUCACUCCUGGUGUGAUGAAUUGCGGAGUUUCUCUGAUGGCCGGCUGGCUUCUGGUUCUGAUCCUCGGCUUCCCAAGCCAAGCACCGGAGAGCUGCCGAUGUGGAAUCACCCUGACCCCUCUAAUGGAGACACGGGGCUUCGAGGAUUUUAUGAUGCUGGAAAUCCAGGGGCCAAUGAAAGCCCAUUCAUCAUGGCCGAGCACAUCAUCUGGUUCUGGUACCACAAUCAUCUCGCCUCUCAGUUUAAAGCUGGGCAUCCCACAUGGUCCGAUGAAGACAUAUUCCAACACACCAGGAAGUGGGUUAUUGCUACAUUCCAGAACAUUGCACUGUAUGAGUGGUUACCUAAACACCUGGGACAGAGUUUACCUGCUUACAAAGGUUACAAGACGUUUGUUGACCCUAGCAUCUCAUCUGAGUUUCAGGUGGCCGCAUUGAAAUCUAUUGUUACCAUGGUACCACCUGGGGUGUACAUGAGGAACAGGUCCUGUGAAUUCCGGCAAGUCCAUAACAUUUACAAUAACAUGUCUCCAGCUCUCCGUCUGUGUAACAACUUCUGGAAUAGACAGAAGCGGAAUCUACAAACUGCCGUCGAUUUUGAGGAACUGAUAUUUGGGAUGGCAUCUCAAGUUGCUGAAAGGGAAGAUAACGUUAUAGUGGAAGACCUGAGAGAUUAUAUGUUUGGACCACUGAAGUUCUCUCGGUCUGACCUGGUGGCUCUCACUCUCCAACUCGGAAGGGAUAAUGGUCUUCCAACAUAUAACACUGUGAGACAAGUCUAUCAGUUCUCAACAAUUAGCAACUGGAGUGAAAUUAAUCUCAACCUGUCAAAUGAGAAUGAGGAGAUCUUUCCUAAAUUGGCUGAAGAAUAUGGAAAAGACAUAUCCAAGCUGGAGUUAUGGCCUGGAGGAAUGUUGGAGAGCAGUGGUGGGACGGAGGAGCUCUUCACUAAAAUAGUGAUUGAGCAGUUCCAGCGCAUACGGGAUGGAGACAGAUACUGGUUUGAGAAUCUGCAGAAUGGAUUAUUCACAACUGAAGAAGUCGAUAACAUUCUGAAUACUACAUUUUUUGAUGUCCUGAUGAAGGCCUUAAACACUAAUGAAAGAGAAAUUCAGAAGGAUGUCUUUGUCUUCAAAGCUGGGGACCCAUGCCAACAGCCAAAGCAGUUGACUGUUAAUGAUCUGGAGCCUUGCACGGACCCAAUCGCUUUAAACUAUUUUGAGGGAAGCGCAGCUCCCUUUGGGAUUAUUAUUGUGAUACUCUGCUGUUUACCACUGGUGUGCCUGGUGCCUGCUUAUGCAGUGGCUCUUUACCGUAAAACACAGUUCAAGAAACUGCAAAAAAAGAACAGGCAGGGAUCUGUAAGGAAGAAGGCUGAACCCGGUGCAGGAUUCAGAGUCUCCGAAUGGCAAGGACCCAACGAACCACUUCGACCGGUAGACCUUUGCUUCGAUUCCAAUUAUUGCAUCAGGGUCCUGGACAGCAAGCACUCCCUGACCCGCAUCAUUAAUCUCACCAAGGACAUGCACAUUAUCACAUCUAACAGCGGUCAGAGGGUUUUGCUGCUUAAAGUUCCCAAGGAGUACGACCUAGUGCUGUUGUUUGACACAGAGGAGGACCAUGACGAUUUCAUUGAGCAGCUGAGGCAGCAACUCGAGAAGAAUAGAGCCCAUCUACUCUUGAAUGAGACUAGCCAGAGAGUGAUCUUCAAAGAAGCAGUCACUAAACAGCAGCGAAGCCAGAUUUUGGAUACAUUUUUCCGGAGGGUAUUUGCACAGGUUCUAGACAUUAACAGAUCAGAUGCUGGGGAUUUCAAUACCGAGAUAUCGAGGAAGGCAAAGGAGUCACUGAAUUGUGAACUAACACGGAUAGAGUUUGCUGAUGCCCUGGGACUGAAGGACGAUUCCAUGUUCGUUGAGCAGAUGUUCUCUCUAGCAGACAAAGACGGAAAUGGUUACUUAUCCUUCAGAGAGUUCUUUGAUAUCUUGAUCAUAUUCAUGAAAGGUUCUCCUGAAGAGAAGUCUAAGCUCAUGUUCCAGAUGUAUGAUGUCGACGGAAAUGGAUUCCUAUCAAAAGAGGAAUUUUCUGUAUUAUUGAGGUCCUUCAUUGAGAUCUCCCAUAACUGCUUAUCAAAAACACAGGAGGAUGAGAUCAUGAACUCGCUGUUCAGAGAAGCGGGAUUCCAGGACAAAGACGAACUCACCUGGGAGGACUUCCAUUAUCUGUUCCGAGACCACGCAGAUGAACUGCAGUUUGCUCAGCUCAAUGUGAAAGGUUUGAACCUACGAGAUAAAGCCAACAAGUUCCAGCGAGUUUCCUUCCUCAAAAACCCAUACAAGAACAACCAGGAGACUCCAGUGGAACAGGUUGGACAGCAAUUCCGAAACAGAGACAAGCAGAACAAGAGGUCUCCUCACCACCACCCUAAACCCUUCACAGAAGCAAAACGGGAGAGGUACAACCGCAGCAAGGUGCAGCAGAAAGUUCAGCACUUCAAGCGCUUCAUCGAGAACUAUCGGCGGCACAUCGUUUGCGUUCUCAUCUUCUAUGGAAUCGCAGCCGGUGUUUUUGUGGAACGAGCCUACCAUUAUGCCAUUGAGGCAGAGACAACUGGGAUUCCACAAACCACGUACGUUGGCAUCAUUGUGUCCCGUGGGUCUGCAGCCAGCGUCUCCUUCAUGUACGCCUACAUCCUCCUUACAAUGUGUCGCAACCUCAUCACUUUCCUGCGGGAAACUUUUCUCAACCGAUACAUCCCCUUCGACGCGGCUGUGGAUUUCCAUCGCUGGAUUGCAAUGACAGCUGUUGUACUCUCCGUCUUUCACAGUGCUGGGCACGGUGUGAAUGUCUAUACCUUCUGCAUCAGUCCCCUCAGUGCUCUUGCCUGCCUCUUUCCCAGCGUGUUUAUCGAUGAUGGAUCAGAGCUUCCUCAGAAAUAUUACUGGUGGUUCUUUAAGACCAUUCCAGGAAUGACUGGCGUUCUGCUCCUUGUUGUCCUGGCCAUUAUUUAUGUCUUUGCCUCCCGCCAAUUUCGUCGUAUGAGCUUUCAGGCGUUCUGGGUGACUCACCACCUCUAUGUGAUCCUGUACAUUCUGAUUCUCAUCCACGGGAGUUCGAACCUGAUCCAGCAACAGAGCUUCUAUCUGUACUUCAUCGCACCAGGUCUCAUCUACCUGGGAGACAAGCUCGUCAGCCUCAGCCGAAAGAAGAAGGACGUGACGGUGGUGAAGGCAGAACUCCUGCCCUCAGGUGUGACUCAUCUCGAAUUCAAGCGGCCUCAGGACUUUGAUUACAAAUCAGGCCAAUGGGUACGCAUUGCAUGCCUGUCACUGGGGACGAAUGAGUACCACCCCUUCACCUUGACGUCUGCGCCAAAUGAGGACACCCUCAGUCUCCACAUCAGGGCAGUGGGACCGUGGACGACAAGGUUACGAGAAACCUACUCGCCAGAGAACAUAGAGCGGCUCGGCGGCAACCCAAAGAUUUAUCUGGAUGGGCCUUUUGGGGAAGGACACCAGGAGUGGAACCAAUAUGAGGUGUCAGUCCUGGUUGGGGGCGGUAUUGGUGUAACACCAUUUUCAUCAAUUCUCAAAGACCUUGUCUUCAAGUCAUCAAUCUUUAACAAGAUUAUCUGCAAGAAGGUGUACUUUAUCUGGGUGACGCGGACUCAGCGGCAGUUUGAGUGGAUGGCAGACAUCAUUCGCGAGGUGGAGGAGAACGACAAGAACGACCUUGUGUCCGUCCACAUCUACAUUACCCAGCUGGCCGAGAAGUUCGACCUCAGGACCACCAUGCUGUACAUCUGUGAGCGUCACUUUCAGAAGGUGUCGAACCAAAGCCUCUUCACUGGGCUUCGCUCCAUCACACAUUUCGGGCGGCCCCAGUUUGUCCCUUUCUUUAACUCACUGCAGGAGGUUCACCCAGAGGUGGGUAAAAUUGGAGUUUUCAGCUGUGGGCCACCAGGACUGACCAAAAACGUGGAGAAAGCUUGCCAACAGAUCAACAAACGGGACCAGGCUCACUUUGUACAUCACUAUGAGAACUUCUGAACGAACUGCCCUCUGCCUAAGGGCAAACAACAUGAAGAAAGACCACAGUAUACCUUGCAAAAAUUGUUAAUUGUAUGGUUAUGGCUAUUUUCUCCAUCAUAUUUCACUUCUGCUCAACCUGUCUCUUAGUCAUGGGUUCCACAAAAGUACUGUUGUUGUAGGAUAUGACCCACUAACUGCACCACCCUCAUUACAACUUUGUGACAAGAGGGAGCAGAAAAAUAAUCUUUAAUCUAGUCUAGAGCUAAUAAUGGGGAUUCAUUGUUUGAAGUGAUUAAUAUUAAGGCCCGUAUAGGUUUUACAGGGAAGGGGUUAUGUUGGUUGGGUCAAGUCAAUAGUCAUGUAGGUGAUCCAUAAUCUGGUGAAAGAAUGAGUCAGGAGGAGUGAUGAGACAUGCUCCUUCCAAUGUUUCCAAAUAGGGUGUAAAGGUGGGAAUUGCAGGGAAAAUUCUGAUGUUUGGUCCUUGUGAAAGAUGAGAUCCUCACGCUCACAAAGAGGUAGGAAAUAGACAGAGAAUUAAAGUGACGACUUUUCUCCUCACUUGCCUAUCACCUCCCUCUGGUGCCCUUCCUCCUUCCCCUUCUGUCAUGGUCCACUCUCCUCUCCUGUCAGAUUCCUUCUUCAGCCCUUUACCCCUUCCACCUAUCACCUCCCAGCUUCUCACUUCAUUCCCCCAUCCCAACCCACCCACCUUCCCCCUAAACUGGUCUCAACUGCCAUCUUGUACUUCUCCUCCUCCCCUCACCUUCUUAUUUGGGCUUCUUUGCCAUUCCUUUCUGGUCCUGAUGAAGGGUCUCGGCCCAAAGCAUCGACUGUUUAUUCCACUCCGAAGAUGCUGCCUGACCUGCUGAGUUCCUCCAAUGUUUUGUGCGUGUGACUUUGGAAUGGGUUUGUGUUACACACAAAAAGUGAGUUAAGCAGCAUUUAUAGAGGGGAACAAACAGCUGAUGUCUUGAGCAGAGACCCUUCUUCGGGACUGUAAAGAAGAGGUCAGAAGCUAGAAUAAGUAGGUGAGAGAGGGGAAGGAAUAUAAGCUGGCAGGUGUUUUUGAUUUCUUGUACACACUGAUAGUUUCAAAGCUUUCUCUUAGCUACUUCAUGCCCUCUUCCAUUGACAGUGGAAUUGGCCCGCAGAAGGUAUGAGUCACAGGGAGAAGCUGGCAUGGCUAAGUCUUUAUUCCUUGGAAUGAGUGAGAAUGAGGGGCAACUUUACACUAGUUAUUAUCAGAAGCAUAAAUAGGGUGGAUGGUAACAGUAUUUUCCUCAAGGUAGGGCAACCAAGGCUAGGGGGAGGGGAAAGGUUUAGGGUGAGAGAGGAAACAUUUACAAGUGACCAGAGGGGCAACUCCAUCACACAGUGAACACAUUGAGUGAAAUGCCAGAGGAAGUGGGCAAGGCAGAAGCAUUAGAGGCUUUUAAGAACUUAGAGAGGUACUUGCAGAGGAAGGAGUUAGAGCAACAUAGGCCAAACACAGGAAAUUAAAACACAGAACACAAAACAAUGCAGCGCAGGAACAGGCCCUGGACGUUUGAUUACCUAUUUAGUUAGUUCACUGCUCAAUGUUUUGCCAAACUAAUUAUCUAGUAAUCAUAUGGCCAACUAAACUAAUCCCUCUGCCUACACAACAAAAUCCUAUCCCUGCACAUUCGUGUGUCUAUGUACAAACACCUGUCGUGCUUGCUUCCAGCAUUUCUCCAGGCACCAACCACUCCGUGUGGAAAAAAUACACUUGGCCCACACUUCUCCUUUGAACUUACCCCCUCGUUUUAAAUGCAUUCCUUCUGGUAUCAGGCAUGUCGACCCUAGAAAGAAUACCGACAGUCUCUCGUCAUCUGUGAACUUAGUAACCUACCUAUCCAUGUUUUCACACAGAUACAGGUCAAUUAUAUAUAUGUCACAACAACAGAAGUCCCAGUAUGAAUCCCCACUGGUCAUGGGCCUCCAUCCAGAGUAAAUCUAUCACAAUCUCAGGGCAUUAAUCGUGGUUUCUGAGGGUUAUUUUCUUUAUAGUUUCAUUGCUUUUAUUUCUUGAUUAGAUAAUUAAUGAUUGUUUUGCUUUGGGCCGUUGCUGGUUUUGUUUUCCAUAUACGCUCGCCAUGAUCUUACAGAUGUUAAAUUUAACAGCUUCCGGUUUUUUUAUGCAGAUGUUGUUCUAAUGUCUUUGUACAAUUUACAUUUAGAUGGUUCACCUGUCAAUGGGCCCUCAUUAACUUGUACUCUUGUUUGACUUUUUUGGGUUUAUUGUUCUGUCUGAUUGUUUGGGGUAAGUUAGCAGGACAUGAAUUGUUUCAUGCCCUGAGAUGUAUUUGAAGGAGCAAUGCUGUCUCCUCAGUUCUCAGUCAAUGAUGAUCUUUGUUUGCAGUUUUCUGUUCUCUGUGUCCUUGUAUUAUUCAUGGUUUGAUUUUGUUUAUCUGUUUAACUCGGUCUUUCCGAGUGUCCAUGUCUUCCUGCGCCUGGGUCUGAACAUGAAACCUGACAAAAUCCCAUCGAUGUCCAACCCCUGUCUUCCAUGGGCAAGACAACCGAGAAUCCAAGCAGCCAAUUCACCAUGGACCUCAUGCUUCUGAGUGAGCUUUCCCUGAGGGACUUGCUCUUACAUCUUACUAAAGUCUGUGAGACAACACCCAACGCUCUACUUUCAUCAAUUACCUUCAGUGCCUCCUUGAGAAACUCAGUUGUUAAUAAGGUGAUGCCUGUCCUGCACAGAGCCAUGCUGACUGUCCUGUAAUUAUCACCAGCUUUCCAAAUACUCAUCCCUAAGAAACAUUUCCAGUCACUUCCCUACCACUGAUGUGCGACUCUCCAGUCCAGAGUUUCCAGGAUUAUCCCUCCUUGAAUAAUGGAAUAAGAUUAGCUGUUCGCCAGUCCUCUGGGAGCUCACCUGGAUUGGCACCGUGUUCCGCACGGAAUGGUUGCGCCAAACGGUCUGCAUCUGUGCUGCAUUGCUCUUUGACUCUACGUUGAUUGAAGAGCUUUCUCUAUCUGAUAAGAGGACGUCCCACUAUCACUCAACCCCCCCACUACAGCAAGGUCUCUCGGAUAGCAGGCAAAAGGAUCUUGGUGCCACUGACCAAUGCUUGUUUGAGAUUCCCCUCUCCAUUCAAAUAUCCCCUGCUUGUUUGCAGCCAACCCAAACUCUAACCCAAAGCAUUGGAGAGGUGUCAUCAACAUGAUCCCAGCAAAUCUCUUCAGCAUGAGAGAACCAAUGUCAGUGUUCUGUCACAGGCCAAUCCCCCCUGCACUGAGCCACAUUGCUGGCAAGAGGCUACAAGGUGCAAAGAAAAUUCAAGGAUGGUCUUGGGAGCCUUUUUGAAAAAGUGUGUAACAUCCUUACAGGCGUCCUUGGGAAUUAUUGAAAAUAAAGAGAUGGGCCAGCACAGAUAUUGUGGGCCAAAAGGUCUGCAGCUGUGUGGUACUGUUCCUUGAAUUCAUGAGUCUGAUGCACACAGAGGCAUGGUGUACAUGGUGGAAGGGGUCACAAAUUGCCUACUCGCCCUGCCAGUCGAGCACCCACAGUACGCGGUGUGUGGUAGAGCCUGAUCACCUACGAUCACCUCAACAGCAAAAUCCAGAGCGCGUCGUCCGGAAUACCGAGUGUAUAGCGUAGUUCAAUGAUAGUGUUAGUGGAUGUCUCUGAUUGUUAAGAUGUGAAGGAAAUAAAAUA